UUGCAAAGUUGCCAAGUUUUCCGUAAGAAGUCUCCUUUAUUCAUCGCUGGAUCAUAUGUAGCAUUGCCUAUGCCCAUAUUAUCAUUAACCGAAGCCGUAUGCAUUGCAUUACUCCUUCACUGUGUUUCUAUUAACCUACUGGAGACUCAAACUCAUUACUUUCCAGUGAAGUAUGUACAUUAAUAGCUUUUCCUUGUGCAACUCACUUUCAAGUAAGGAAACAUCUAUUAUAUCAUCCAGACGUGAUUUGCAUGUAUGGUUUGUGCGUAAAGACUGGAAGUGUUCAUCACCAGCCAGGGUAUACUGGUGGGAGCGAAUUAUUACUCAGGCUGGAAACUCCUAAAGCUUCGAGGUGCCGGGUCAGACAGCAGUCGUCUUCCCAGCACCAGUAGGUCACUUGGGCUGUGAUGGGCGCAGUGGAUCGGCUCCGCGAUGUCUUCUCUUCGACGUGGGAAAUGUGCAGGACCAGGUGGCGCCGACGGGGUUACCUGACUACCACGCCUCCUCGGGGCAUAAGAGCGUGGAAGACUGUCUUCAUUUGCGCCUUGCUGUAUUGCCUUCUGCUGACACACCGCCGUUAUGACUUCCUGCAGGAGGCAGAGGGAAGGAGAAGAGCAAUGGAGCUGCACCUUCAGGAGCGCGCCGCCAGAUUGAGGUCGGAAUGUGCUGCCCACCCACCGCCCUUGACCAGGAUGGAACACAACGCUCGGGACGCCGCCGCAGUCACCACUAACUUGGCUGCUCACUACUACAAUCUACACAUGAAAGCAGCGCUUCUUCACAUGGUCUACUUCCCUCGCCAGAACUUCACCUGGUGUCUCGUUCCAAAGGUGGCGUCAUCGUCGUGGGCAUUGGCACUGAUGGAGGCGGAGGGUGUCAUGAGAAAGGUGUCAAGUAGCAUAUCACCUCAAGUUUACCUCAGAACCGCCCACAGAGAGAUCCCACAACGAGUGAACGAGACAAUCCAAGCCUCCUUCAAGUACCUCUUCGUUCGGCAUCCAUUCGAUCGCCUCGUCUCCGCUUACCGAAACAAGCUCGAGGAUUCCUACACCCAAGAAGAUGGUGCCUACUUUUACAAGACCUAUGGCAGGCGCAUCGUGGAAAGGUUCAGGAUAAAUAGAAUGACUGACAGGAGAAAAGAGGAAGAAAACUCACCACAGAAUAUAGUAUUAGGAAAAGAACCCACUUUCCCAGAGUUCGUUGACUACCUUAUUCACACAGACCCUGAGGAUUACGACGAGCACUGGCGCCCUGUCGUGAUGCACUGCCAUGUGUGUCAGUUCCACUUUGACUACAUUAUCAAAUAUGAGCAUUUCGAAGAGGAGAUUAACUUUCUGAUAGAUAUGAUGCAAGAGAACGGGAGACUGCCUCACAACUUCAAAUUAACUUGGGAGAACAGAGGCGACACAAAUAAGAACACAGCAGUUGAGUACCUAAAACAACUGAGUGAGGAACAACUGAUGCAGCUCUUCGAUAAGUACCGCCUCGACUUCCUCUAUUUCGAUUAUAAAACUGACGGCUACGCAGAUUUCUCAGCAAUGAAUGAUCUGAGGAGGUAAUCUAAAUACUCUACAUGCUAUUUAUAUUUAAGUAUAUAUAUAUUUUUAUAUAUAAAGAAAAAGGUGCGAGAA